AUGUCGGUCGGCGAAAAGAAUUCGAAUAUCAGCGUUUUAUCACGUUGCGGUUGUUAUGCCUUAGGAUCUGACCACACGACUUGCGAUGUUGUUACCGGACAAUGCAAAUGCAAAUCGAAUGUUACUGGAAGAGCAUGCGAUCAAUGUUUGAGUCGUCAUUGGGGACUCACUUCCGGUCAUGGUUGUCGACCUUGCGAUUGCAACGUAAUCGGUUCUAUUUCUCCAUCAUGCGAUGUCGAAACGGGACAAUGUACGUGCAAACCUGGAAUCGGUGGAUUAAAAUGCGAUUCGUGUUUACCCAAUCAUUACGGAUUUUCAAUAAACGGUUGUUUAGAAUGUCAAGAAUGUAAGGUUCCGGGUCACGUUUGCGAUUUGGAAACGGGAAGAUGCGUUUGUCCUCCCUACACGCAAGGAGUACACUGUCAAACGUGCGUGUCGAAUUCGUGGGGACACAAAGGAAUCAAAGGAUGCACUCCUUGUUAUUGCGAUUCGGGGGGUUCGGAAAAAAGUCAAUGCGAUUUUUACACGGGAGAAUGUUUGUGUCGUAAAGGAUUUCGGGGAAGUCGUUGCGAUUCUUGCGAUCACGGUUUUUAUAAUUUUCCAUUUUGCAAAUCGUGCGAGUGUGAUUUUGCCGGUACGAAAUCCGAAACGUGCGACCCAAUAACGAAAAGAUGCGAGUGCGACGACGAUGGCGGCAAGUGUCAAUGCAAGGCGAACGUCAUUGGUCAAAAAUGCGAUUCGUGUAAAAACGGUACGUUCGGAAUACAGGAAGAUAAUCCGAACGGUUGCACUGCUUGUUUUUGCUUCGGGCGAACCGCAUCAUGCACUCAAUCCGGACUUCACUGGAGUCAAAUUCGAGCCGGACGUUCGAGAACGGUUAAAAUCGAAUACGAUCCAAGUUCGCCAUUUAAAAAUUCAUUACCCAUCGAUUCACAACAAAUAUGUUACAUAAACCUUGCAUUUCCUGGAGGAGAAGAAGUGACCAUCAACGGUGGAUUAAAUGUAACAAAUAAUCUUCGAACCAUUCCAGGUGAUACGGAAGAUGUUAAAAUAGGAAUCAGUUAUUUAAUAGAUACUCCAGUUUACUGGAAACUUCCUAAACAAUUUUUAGGCGACAAGGUUCUUUCCUACGGAGGUUAUUUAAAAUUUCACGUGGAAACAGAAGGCGGUAACACGUUGUUUCCUCCGAGUGUUUUAUCAACGUAUCCGCUCGUACAGCUUCAGGGAAAUAGUAAAAUUGUUUUGCAACAUUUCCCUUUAUUGCCUAAUAAAUUCGGGCAUUACGAAGUCAGAUUACACGAAUCCCUUUGGCAAGAUAAAUAUCAUCCGGAAAAAAAAGUAUCCAGAGAAAUUCUCAUGGUCGCACUGCAAAAUAUUCAACACGUAUUAAUCCGUGCAUCGGAAUCUGCGGAUUUCAGGAAGGCGGUAUUAAAAGAUGUUAGUUUGGAUACGGCUGCCGCAUCAAAUGGAUUGGCACUUGCCGGAGGUGUUGAACUUUGUGAAUGUCCUCCGGAAUACAAUUCGACUUCUUGUCAAGAUCCGAGCAUAGGUUUUUACAGGUGGUACGAUAAAGAAGUUAACACGGCAACCAUUUUGAUACAAUUAGUCGGAGAAGCGAGACCCUGCGAAUGCAAUAACAGGUCGGAUACCUGCGAUAUAGAAACCGGUUUUUGCCUGAAUUGUUCGGAUAAUACCGGCGGACCGGAUUGCGAACGUUGCGGACAAGGUUUUUACGGUGAUCCUUUUUACGGUCCUUGUUUGAGUUGUCCCUGUCCCGAACCCGAUAGGAAUUUUGCGGAUAGUUGUCACGUGAUCGCGGGAAGAGAACCCAUAUGUAAUUGCAAACCUGGUUACAGUGGAAAAUUUUGCGACAGAUGUGCCUACGGAUGGUUUGGGUAUCCGGAACGAACCGGAGGAUUUUGUCAACCUUGCGAGUGUAAUAUCUACGGAUCGGUGAGCGAUGAAUGCGAUGAAAAAACAGGACAGUGUAAUUGUAGGCCAGGUAUCGAAGGAAGAGAUUGUACCGUGUGUCCGACGGAAAUGGUACUGACGCCAAAAGGAUGUUCCGUUUGCGAAGACGAUUGUUCCGGUCUGUUGAUAAAAGAUUUUAAAAAUUUAACGAAAAAUUUAAACGACAGAGUAAGGCACGACAUAAAAAAUUUACAACCUCCCUGGGGAACGUUGAAAAAACUAGAAAAAAAAUUAAAUAACGUUAAAAACGAUGUACGGGAAUGGCGAAACACGAUUCGGGAUAUAGAUAACAUAAUUGAAAGCAACAUUUCCGGUAAUUUAAAAACAAAAUCAAAACAUUUAAUAUUAAAGGCACAUUCGAUCGACGGCAAAGCGACGGCGGCAAAAAGCGAAGCAUCAUUCGCUAGAAAAGAAUCCGAUUUAUUAUUAAAAAGGAUAAAAGAUUUAAGAGAAGACGUGGAAAACACGAUCGAUAAUUUAAAACAUUACACACGUGGAAGAGAUGAUAACGUUAUCAAUGACGAUACGACGGCAUUGAAAGAAGGGAAUCGUUUGCUCGAAAGUAUAAAAAAAAGUCGUUUGCCGUCGAAAAAACAAACGUUCGAACGGAUAUUAGACACGUGCACGGGUGUUUUAAAUACAACGAUGCACAUGACGGAAAGAUAUCCGGAAAUGUGGGAAAUGAAAGAAAAUAUGAAAUUAUUAAAUGAAAAACUCGAAGAUUUGGAAAAAUAUUUGGGGAAAAUCGGGGAAACAACGCGAAAGGUUUUUAAAUACUCGGGGGAAAAUCAUCACAAGAUAAAACAUUUGAAUAAAAAAUUAAUUCACGCGAGUAAAGAUUUGGAAGAGGAAGUCGAGGACGUGCAAAAAAAAUCGGAAAAUAUUUUAUUCGAUGCGGAUUCACGUCUCACGGAAAUCCACGAAAUGAUAAAAAAUUUAACACGAACAUUGCCGAAGUUGAAAAAUUUAACGGAAGUAUUGAAAACUAAAGAAGGGAUAUUGAAAAAUUUAAAUCCGCUUUACGCGACGAAAUACGUUAAACCCGCACAAAAUCACGCGGAAAAUCUUAUGACGAAAGCACUGGAAUUAAAAGAAUUGUUUAACGCGACUACGAAAGACACGAGUUCGGCAUUAACGGCUAGCAAAAGAUACGAAGAUAUAAUAAAAGAUUUAGAAGCGGCAAAAAAAGCAGCAAAAGAAGCCGUCAAUUCCGAAUUGAUGUACAAGAUAUUUCCACGUGAAUUCGACGAAUCCAUAUUGAAAAGAUCAGACAUAUUGAAAAUAUUAUCGACACGUUUGAAAAACACCGGAAGUCGUCAAGGUGAAAAAAAUAUAAAUUUAAAAACUCAACUGGAACGUGAAAAAGAAAUUGUUAAAAUGGUUGAAGAUAUAAUUAGACAAACUGGAAUAUCCGAUAAUAAAUUAUCCGAUGAAUUAAAUAAUUUGGAAAAUAAUUCCAGUACGGUGGAAUCCAUAUUGGAAAACGUUAAAAAAUUAAAUGAUAAACUUAAUGAAUCCGUGGAAAUGAUGGCGGCGAAAAAAUUAUUGAUAAACGAUUUGAAAAAUAAAAUGUCGAACCUGGAUGAAAAAUUAAAUGCGAACAAUGUGGAAAAUUCUAAAAAACAAAUCGAGGAUAGUUUAAAAAUAAAUCGUAAAAUUUUUGAAUUGUUAAAAGACGUGAAUAAAACAAACGAAGAGAAUAAAAUGAGAAAAUUCAAAAUGUCGGAUUUGACAAACGGUUUGGGAAAAUUAAAAAAUAAAAUAACGGAAGCUAAACACGCAGCGGAAAGCAUUCGUUUGUCUUUGUCGAGUAAUUCUACGAAAGGUUGCGUGAGAUCGUAUAAAAUUUCCGGUUUACAACCGACGACAACCAAUCGUUUGGUUGUUGCAUUAACCGUCGAUCCCAUACAAUCCAACAGGAUGAUUUUCUUUUUACCCAGCAUGACGACGUCUGAUUUCAUGGCGCUGGAAAUAGUUGAUGGAAAUAUAAGAUUCGUUUGGGAUAACGGCGGUGGACCUGGAAUCAUAUCGAAAAGUCUUUUACACGGUGUUAAAAAAAAAGGACCGAAAUGGUUUAAAAUAAUCGUCGAAAGGGUUAGCCACACUGCAAAAUUAUGGCUUCACACGGAAGAAUCCACGAGCGUGAAACCCGUGACGAAUUCGUCGAAUCCAAAUUUCGGAAGGUUGGACGUGAGUUCGAACGAUGAAAUUUGGAUCGGGGGGUUACCACAAAAUUACGAUAGGCCCCCCGAAAUAUUAUCACUCCAACAGGGUCUUCCAGGAUGUUUGCAUUCGUUGAAUUUGGACGAUAGACCGAUCGGUCUAUGGAAUUAUUACACGGAUUAUUCCAACAGUUGUUCGGCAUGCGAAAAAGGAAUCGAUAGCGUCGUUGACGGUUCGAUAUAUUAUUUUAACGGAAAAGGAUAUUCACUUUUGAAACACGCGCCAAAAGCGAUUUACAACAGGUAUCAAUUUAGCGUCGCUCUCAAAUUUAAAACCUACGAUGAUAAUUCCAUAUUGUUUUUAGCCGUGAGUGCAGAUAAGUCUCGAUACGCGUCGUUAACACUCAGAGAUGGAAGAGUCGUUUUUCAAAUCGGUUACGGUGGCGAAUCGCAAUUGGAAAUGAGCAGCACGAAAAAAUUCAACGAUGGUAAUUGGACGACGGUGGAAGCGAGUAGAAAUUUCGACAGGAGAAGAAUCAUAGAAAAAGGACUUUUAAAAGUCGAAGAUGAAAUGAAAGAAGCAGCACCCCCGACUCCUCCGAUGCAAUCCCAAAUUCCCGAAUUGGCAACAGCUGAUUAUUUAGUCGGGGGUUUCCCACCCGGUUACGAUUUCGGUUUUCUUAACCUUCGUUUACCUCAACCUUUUUUAGGAUGCAUGUCGGAUGUUUUUAUAGAAAAAGAUAUUUAUAAUUUGCUCAAGGGUAAAACAAACGGUGUUGAAACUUCUUGUGCUGAUAAGGUAUUAAAAACUUCGGGUUUUCACGGUAAAGGUUAUUUAAAAUUAGAAGCGACGCGUUUGAAAAAGGAUUCCUCGUUCGGACUUGCUUUGCGUACCUUUCAACCCAACGCCAUCGUACUUCUAGCAAAUGGUAUCAUACAAAAAAUAACAGCAGACGACGAAAGAAAACGUGAAAGUUAUUAUUCGGUAUCGUUGGUAGAGGGUAGAGCGGAAGUGAGAAUAAACGCGGGAACCGGAGUCAUAACUUUAGUGUCGCAAAAACUUUGCAACGAUGGAAGAUUUCAUUCGAUAAGAGUCGUUAAAAUGGGUAGAAAACUCGAACUUAGAGUCGAUGACGAAUUACAAUCGUCUUCUGCUUUACCAGAGGGUGCGAUAACGGUCAAAGCAAAAGAUUUAUAUUUGGGUGGACUUCCGGAAAAAAUUGACGGUUCGAUAUACGUAUCGGACACGACACCUUUCGUCGGAACGAUCAAAGAUUUGCUUUUUAACAACGCUUUGCACUCGUUCGAUAAACCGUUAUUUGCAAAAGGAGUCGAUAUCGGAAGAUUGGGACCGGAAAACGUCGAUAACAUGACUUUUCCGGAAAUGACAAAGUUACCACCGCAAAAUCAUUAUCAAUGUUAUAGAUCUCGUAAAUACGCAUUGGAUCCGAGGGGAGCCAAAUUGGGAGAUUCUUUAAAUUCUUAUAUUCAAUUACACAUGAGGAGACGUGGAAUUUUCCAGAAAAAUUUCACAAUUCAAAUCGAUUUGAGAACAUUUCAUCCGAACGGUUUAUUAUUUUUCGUACCGGGAUCCAACAAAGGCGGAAAACAAAAACAUUUUCUUUUAUCCCUGUUUAAAAAUGGACAUUUUCAAAUCGUCGUGAAAGCUAAAAAAAAAUUAGAAAUUUUAUCGGAAUCGAAAAUGAAUAACGGAACGUGGCAAACGGUUUUAUUAAAACGAAUCGAUAAAAAAUUAAACGUUUUAAUUAACAAAUCCGAACAAAUGAAAUUAAAACUUCCGAAAAGGUUAAAUUUGGAUCAUUCGAUAUUCAUCGGUGGAACGUCCGAACACGGUCCCGUGGAUUCAUUCGUUUCGAAACAACCGGGAUUCACGGGAUGCGUUAAAAAUUUUAAAAUAAAUAAUCAAACGGAAGAUUUAAUUGGUGAAAAUUCACUUCAUCAAGGAGUCGGUCAAUGUUUUCCCAACGUUGAAAAAGGAUCCUAUUAUUCGGGUGACGCCUUUAUAGCGUACGCGGGAAAAAAUUUGACCUUGGAAUCGUUAAUAUCGAUUGAAAUUGAAUUUCGCACGUCGGAAAUGAGCGGGAUAUUGAUAAGUUUUUCAGAUUUUACUGAUCAACCCGCCGUUUCUUUGGAAAUAAAUAACGGAAAGGUUAUAUUUUCCGUUGUCGACGCGUCGUCGACCGUUAAAUUCAAAUUAGUACACGAAUUCAUGUCGGAAUACGUUGUUUGCGAUAACAAAUGGCACAGGAUACACACAAUGUUGGAAAACGAUCAACUCACAAUGAGAAUCGAUCAAACGGAUGUUAAAUAUAAUUUCACUCGUGACGAAUACGAUUGUUUAAACGUACCGAUAACGACAACGGCUCCAGUGUACAUAGGAGGCCUUCCAGAAAGAUUAACGUCGAGUGGGAAACCCCUCCUGGAAACGAGAGAUAAUUUUAAAGGAUGCAUGAGAAAUGUCGUCAUUGGUGAUAAGACAAUAGAUUUUACACAUGUUAAAAUUCGUCAUAACGUUUUGAUCGGUUCUUGUCCAGCAAAUAAUAAUCAUUACAAAUAA